GUUUUUGGAGCCUCUUACAGAAACACAUACUUUUACUCACUCAUGAGUUCUUUAAUUCUCUUUGUGUUCCUCCUCUGUAUCUCAGAUUCUGAGAGCCUGAAGACACUGAAGAAUUUAGCUGUAGAACGUGGAGGAUCUCUCAGUAUUCCAUGUUUUUAUGAUAAACAAUACAAAUCAAACCUUAAAUACUGGUGUAAGGGGGAUUACUGGUCCUCCUGUGAAAUAGUAGCGUCUACAAACACAAGAGGAAGAACAUCAGUCACUGAUCAUCCAACCCAGAAUAUGUUUACUGUGGAACUGAACAGCCUCCAAGACUCUGACUCUGGAUAUUAUUGGUGUGCUGUGGAAAUUGGUGGGAUAGAGACCCCUGAUGAUGGUAAUUAUUUGUACCUGACAGUCAGUGCAGAUCCUGCUGUGUCUGUGACAAACAGUAGAGUGAGUGGUCAGGAAGGGGGCAGUGUCAGUGUCCAGUGUCUCUACAGUGCUAAAUAUCAGAAUAAACAGAAGCAGUGGUGCAGAUUUAAAGACUGGAGCUGCUUCACAGUGGGGAAGACUGAUACAUCCCAGAAUUCAGCAGUGCUGGUCAUUGACAAUGGAAAAGGAUCGGUCAGUGUGGAGAUGAAGGGUCUGCAGAAGAGUGAUGCUGGCUGGUACUGGUUCAGUGCAGGAGAUGUGGGGGUUACUGUUCACCUCACUGUCACUGAAAGACCUUCAACUGUGAUUACAACUUUAAACAGUCAGGAAACCCAGGAAAGUGUAAACACUCCAGAGGAAACUACAUGUUCUGGCACUGAGAAACCCAAAGAGUCAGUGCAGUUCUGUCUCACACACACAACUGAAUGAUUCCACAAAUGCUGAGAUCCUGGAGCCCAAUUCCAGAACAUGUUGGGACAGUAUGUGAAAUGCCAGUAUAAACAGAAAGCAGUGAUUGGUAAAUUCUGUUGAACUGUAUUAAAUUGGAAACAGUACAAAAACAUAGUAUUUGAUGUUUUACAUUGUGGAAUUCAUUGUUUUUUGUGUGUUUAUAUAAUCUUUCCCAAUAUGAAGUUGGAGCAGGAGCAUGUUUGUCACUGUGUUACAUCACCUUUCCAGUGACCUCCUGCUCUUUAAGUGACAUGAAGCCAAAUGCAGAACUAUGAUCCUGAUAUUUGUUCAUAAUUAUUUUUGGAAAACUGUAAACUUCAUUCACACUGUAUGUAUAAAACUGUAAGCA